AUGGCUCCGGUUUGUAACCCUGUAGGCGAAGAAGAAGAAGAAGAAGCUGGCAAGCGGGUCCCAACACUCUCUGCGAAAUACUCUAUUUUGGAACGACUCGUACGGGCGUUAAUCUCAGAAAAACUUGUGGAUCUAUCGCAAUUCGCAAAAGCCGGCAUAGCUUUAUCGAUACAAACAAGUUUGUGCGGAAGAGUGACAGUUUCACAUCCAAUAUAUGCGCAUUCCGGAAACCCCGCAGAGAUUAAGCAAAUCUGCGACCCUCUUGAGUUCCUAGACGAACUCGAAAGAGCCGGUAUAGUGCGCAACGACACUAGCUGGACACUCGCACGGAACGAAAUUGAAAAUAGUUUAAAUAGUUUAAUCCAAGCACUCGAAGCCGAACAAUCCCGUUCAGAAAAUCUGCGCUCUUCUUCCCUUCACAAAUUUGACCCCCAAACCCCGUUUUCAUCCCUCGUCACCGCCCUAACUGAGACCGGUUAUGGGAAACAUGCGUUGGCGGGCUUUGAACAACUCGUGGUCGAUGGCCACCCGCUCACACCAGCCGGGAAAGUUCGAACCGGAAUGUCAUCUGCUGAUGCUGCUCGGUAUGGACCAGAAUUCGGUUCCAAGUUUGGUCUCAGAUUCAUUGCUGUCGCAAAAGAUUCCGUUGAAGCUGAAGACGGAACCUGUAACGAAAUUUCGAGAUGUUCGAGGAUAAACCCAAUACAGGGUACUGGAAUCGAUGCCUUUAAUCGAGCUCUCAACAGCUGUUACCAGGAUACUGUUGAAUGUUUACGAAUGGAACUUAUCCAGAUGGGGAGGCGUCCAGAGGACUUUGUGGUGGUACCUGUUCAUCCGCAUCAACUCGACAAUGCGAUUCCAAAGUUGCAUGCCGAGGCUCUGGUUCGCAAGACCAUCAUUCCUUUGCAAAGUUCUCUGCCUGCGCAUCCAUUGAUGUCAUACAGAACCUUUGCCGUCAAGGGUCGAGAAAAUAAAGGACUGCACAUAAAAACUGCCCUUGAGGUCCAAUUAACGGGUGCCAUUCGAGGUAUUUCAUCUGCAUCGGCUCGAAACGCUCCUCGAAUGUCACGUUUACUAGCUCGGAUUAUCGCGGGCGAUACCGACCUUCAACGAACAGAUUCCAGAGGCCGUGAGCUUUUUAUCCCUGAGCGUGCUCUAGCUGCUGUCGCUUUUAAAGAAAGCAAGCGAAGUUUAGCAGCAAUCCUACGGGACGAUAUUGAGAAUGAUAUGGCCGAAGAUGAGGUUGCUUUGCCAGUCGCAUCACUAUUCGCUCGCUCUCCUCUUACCGGAAAUUCUAUUCUUCUUGACUUAGUCACAGAGUUGGGAACUACCGCUUCUGCAUGGCUACGUGCAAUGACUGAGGUAUGCAUACCACCAUGCCUUAUAUUCUUAUCGCGUUACGGAAUUUCUCUGGAACCGCACCCCCAGAAUACGGUAAUCAUACUCCGAAAAGGCUGGCCGAGCCGUAUGCACGUCAGAGACUUCGGUGGUGCCCGUAUUCUACCUUCUCGCCUUGCGAAACAUGGACUCUCGAUUGAGCUGGACGCUGCUACUGGGCUUGUGAUUACAUCAUCUUCAGAGGUCGAAGGCACUGACAUCCUUCGGGCCAAAUUAUUCUAUCCACUUUUUGGCAACAAUCUCGCUGAAGUGAUUUCUACUUUAGCGAAAGAGAACAGAGCUCUUGAAGAAGAACUCUGGGGGGUUGUGCGCGCCGUAGUUCGGCGAACAGGGUUAUAUUUGGGGACGAAGGAGGCCCUGGAGGAUGUUAGAGCCUUACUUGAGAAUCCAUGGCGUCGGAAAUGUUUACUUUCCAUGCGUCUUGCUGGUGCUGUCACCGAUCAACGCUACGUAGAUGGUCCAAACCCACUCCGGGCAUCCCCAAUCAGUCCUCCUAGCCCGUCAACCUUCUGGAACCCUGCGGAACAGAAGAUGUUUCAAUAUCUAUCCGAAAACGAGCCCGAACUAUGCCUACUAUGGCAACAGCAACUCACCGGAGCCCGUCGGUCAAUAGAGGAGGAUUAUCAAGCCUCAUUGGCACGUGAAGGGAUUCAAGAUAGCGUGGAAACUAUCCAGGGUGUUAAAGCAGAAUGGGAGCAGUUGAGACUUGAGCUAGAAGACUCAGCAACAAAUCUCGCACUCUCCAGGGUUCUUGUGAACCUACGUGGGCAACAGUUUAGUGAACGCGCUGGCGCCACCAACCGAGACUUUCUUUCAGUUCUUCUUGACUUAUAUUCCCCCAGCGAUAUUACCCUAGAGCUCGACGAUUUCGAUGCGGAAGGUCAUCCGACCCACCCCUGCCGGAGAACCAGACUUCGAUUCUCGCCAGCAGACUCACUCGCAUUUGCUCCGGAUUCAGGGGCCAUAGUCUCAGGAAAGAUUGUGGCAGUACGACGUGAUCAGUUAGUUCUGUCAGAACCAAGUUUCUCAGAUGUCUUGCGAAGAAAUUAUCCAUUUAUCAAUGAUGCCGCCUCCGCAGCCUUGUCCCGCCGCGGAAAGAAGCCCGAUGAGUUCGAAUUAGUACUCGUACAUCCUUUCCAAUUCGAAACGGUACUCCCACGGAUUUACAAAAGCGAGAUUAAUUUCGGCAUCAUAGUACCCAUUCCCGAGGUAACAAUCGCUUGCCGGGCAACAUCGUCUACACGAACCCUCGUGUCUACUGCACCCGGGAUUCAAGGCAAACGACUAUCUUUCAAAACAGCGAUAGAUGUUCAAAUCACAUCUACUUGCCGCACGAUCUCACAUGAGAGUGUUCGAAACGGGCCUUACGUCUCAGCAUUACUCACUCGCCUUCUUUCGAGCGAACCGAGAAUAUCUUGUAUUGCAGAGCGAGCAAGUGUCGCUUUUUCGCCUGAAGCGAACUGUACGGCUUCGCGCCAACGGGGAUUGUCAAUGCUCUUGAGGGAUGAUGUGGCAGACUAUAUUAAACCUGGCGAAAUCAUUAUCGGGUGUGCUGGUUUAAUUACGAAGUCUCCGAUGAGUGGCAAGCCUCUUGUCGUAGAAGUUGUUAAUAGUCUAGCUCAGAGUGAUAAUCAUGAAUUGACCACCCGCAAGUUUAUUGACAAAUAUGCCGAUUUGCUUCUAUCUGCAGCGCUUCCACUUCUGUGGAGACAUGGUAUCGCACUCGAGGCGCAUCUACAAAACACCCUGCUUGUCCUCGACGCUUCUCGAAACCCAGUGCGGCUUCUCCUCCGCGACUUCGCUGGCCUUCGGGUAAAUCUUGACAAACUAAAGGAGAGCGGUGAAGAUAUAACUAAGAUCCCAUGCCCAGAGUCAAGGACCAUGUCAGCAGAUGACGAGGACAUCCACUGCAAGUUUACACAUUCAGUUAUUUUCACAAAUCUGUGUCCCGUGGCCGAUGCACUCUCCGAAAUCGUUUCUCCUUCACUUCUCUGGGAGGUAAUUCGAGCACGAGUUACGAAGGUAUAUGAAGUGUUUACUAAAGACUUGCCGAAAACUGACACAAGCGUGGAAAACUUUGCCAAUGAACAUUUCUAUCGGUUAACAUCGACUCCAGUACUGCCGCAGAAGGCCCUUCUCACGAUGAGGGUGUUGGCAAAAACUUCGGGUGGAAUGGACUAUUACACAAUGCAGAGCAACCCACUAUAUUACGAACCGAAAUGA